AUCAUUUUUUAAAUGUAUAUACAGUGGUAUCAUUUUGGUGCCCAGUUAAACAUGCCCAUCACAAAGACCAGCAGCAACAGCUGGGUAGAAGUUGAAAAGAUCACGAUCCAGAGAGAGCAGGGAAGAAGCAACACUAAUGCAUCAUGGAGAGCGGUUUUCACCUCCAGCUGUUGAGGUAUCUGUAGCAGCAGCUGCCUGCUGCAGACAGGCUUCCUGUCUACAGUGAAGACUCGUUUCUAGGUGCAUAAACAAACAGGACCGUCAACAAGGUUUGCUUUGUCAUAAAAUAAUAGUGUAAUGAUAGGCUAAUCUAUGAAGAAAAAAACAAAACACACACACACACACACACACACCCUUGUGUUUUGCCGUACCAAGACGGACCAGAACAGAUUUUUAUCAUGAAGUCUAUUCGUGCCGUUUGAAUGUUACAGUUACUAGAAACAUGUUAAUAAUGAUGCUGUCGCGUUAAUGAAUUUUUUGUUCAGUUUUUUAGGUGCUGAUGCUUCCAGUAUAUAAUGUGGGCGGGGUUUUUAAUUGGUAACAGCACCUCCCGCCAAAUGUAGGCUACAGCAGAGUGUUCAGCACCGCAACACGCCCCGGCUGCUUUGGCGCUAAACCCCCCCAAACCCCUCCGCAGGUCAUAAAUUGUAGCGCGGCACAGCACGGAAUAGCUUAAAAAUAAGGAGGGGGGCUUAUUUCUACAUGUUCUGUAUUAUAGCUAGCCUCUUCAUUUUGAUGCAUGACAGAGGACAGUAUUUGCAUACACUGCAAGCAUUGGUUAAGGAAUGGCACGGGCCAACUCGCAACAAAACAACAUGCUGUGCUUAUCAUUUCUGCAAUAGCAGUAAAACUGAAAAAAAAAAAAAUCUAAUCAUAAUUAUUCUAAUCGUGCGCUAAAACGGUAUAAUCCAACUAUAUUGUAGUUUGGUUACAGUUUCACGUUUGCAAUUGAUUUUAACCUUUAUAAUUAAUUAGUGUAAACGCACAGUACUUCUAUAUACAUAGACCUAGACAUUGCAUUAAUAAAAUUAAACAGCAAUGCAAAAUGUUUAAACGCUGAUUUCUAUACAUCACUCAAGUAUAACGCAUUUGCAUAUUCUCGCGCGGGGACACUUGGAAGCCGGCCUGCGGGCGAGGGACCAAAGUUUCGCGCGCUGAAAAGGCACCGCCUUCUCUCUGCAGAGUGACACGUACGCAGUCCAACCGGACCUCAGAUUUCGAUACCGGGUGUCCAAUGAGACGGCAGGCUGGGCGGGGCGAAGCGCGGUUGAAGAAUCUCAUUGAUUUCGAGCAGCGCCAGUUUCAGAUCGGACUUUUACGGGAAGCCGUCUGGAAGUGUUUGAUUUGUGAAUACCUGGAGGCGUUUAAAACAAGGAAACAUGUGGAUCCAGGUGCGUACCAUGGAUGGGAAGGAGACCCACCGGAUCGACUCCCUUUCUAAGCUGACCAAGGUUGACGAUCUCCGGCUCAAGAUCGCGGAAUUGUUUAAAGUGGAGCCCCAGAGGCAAAGGCUUUUUUACAGGGGCAAACAGAUGGAAGACAGCCACACCAUCUUCGACUACAAUGUGGGAUUGAACGACAUCGUCCAGCUCCUGGUCCGACAGGCUGUCCCUAACUGCCUCCCUGCUGUUCCGAAGGAGGCGGAGCUCUCUGAUACUGAUUCUGGCUGUGGCUCCGCCCAGAGCGAGUCAGACAAAAACUCCAAUAACGGCGAGGAGGUGGAAGGCCAGGCUGGCACCUCUGCACAGUCUGAUCCUGUAGAGCCUGCAUUCGGCUGCUACAAGAUUAACGAGUUUGUGGAUGCCUGUGACCUGAACAUGGGAGCCUGGUUUGAAGCUCAGAUUCUCAAUGUGACUAAAGAACCCAAGAGUUCAAGCGAGUCUGGAGAGGAUAAAACUGAUUCUGCAAAGCCCAGCAAAGAGGAGACUGUGGUUAUGUAUCACGUCAAAUAUGAAGAUUAUCCAGAGAAUGGUGUUGUGAAGCUGACUGGGAAGGAUGUCCGCCCCCGUGCCAGGACAGUGUACCAGUGGCAUCAACUAGAAGUGGGCAUGGUAGUUAUGGUGAACUUCAACCCUGAUGAACCCAAGGAGAGGGGUUUCUGGUACGAUGCAGAAAUCCAGAGGAAGAGAGAAACACGCACCGCACGUGAAAUAUAUGGCAAGAUAUUGCUUGGAGAUGCUGGUGAUUCUCUAAAUGACUGUAAGAUCAUGUUUGUGAAUGAAAUCUACAAGAUUGAAGAGCCAGGAAGUGCAGAGGGUGCUGCUUUGGAGAGCCCCAUGAAAAGAUCAAAUGGCCCGGAGUGUAAGCACUGCAAAGAUGACCCAAAGAAGAACUGCCGCAUGUGUAACUGCCAUGUGUGUGGGGUGAAGCAGGAUCCAGACAAACAGCUUCUGUGUGAUGAGUGUGACCAGGCCUUCCAUAUGUACUGUCUCGACCCUCCCCUAACCUCCAUCCCAGAUGAUGAGGACUGGUACUGCCCGAACUGUAGGAAUGAUGCAAGUGAAGUAGUUUUAGCUGGAGAGAAGCUGAAGGAGAGCAAGAAGAAAUCUAAGAUGGCUUCUGCAAACUCAUCCACCCAGAGAGACUGGGGCAAGGGCAUGGCUUGUGUCGGUCGUACAAAGCAGUGCACCAUUGUACCUUCAAAUCACUAUGGACCAAUCCCUGGAGUUCCUGUGGGGACACAGUGGAAGUUUAGGGUGCAGGUCAGUGAGUCGGGAGUGCAUAGGCCGCAUGUUGCAGGUAUUCAUGGAAGGAGCAACGAUGGAGCCUACUCGCUGGUUUUGGCUGGGGGAUAUGAAGAUGAUGUGGAUGCCGGCAAUGAAUUCACCUAUACAGGAUCUGGAGGCCGGGAUCUAUCUGGAAACAAGCGUACAGCUGAACAGUCUUGUGACCAGAAACUCACAAAUAUGAACAGAGCUUUGGCUUCAAACUGCAACGCUGCCUUGAAUGACAAGGAUGGAGCCGAAGCCAAGGACUGGAAAGCAGGGAAGCCAGUCCGUGUGGUGAGGUCCUCUAAGGGACGCAAGCACAGCAAGUACAGCCCAGAGGACGGCAACAGAUACGAUGGCAUCUACAAGAUUGUGAAGUACUGGCCAGAGAAAGGCAAGUCUGGCUUCUUGGUCUGGAGGUAUUUAUUAAAGCGACAUGAUGAUGAGCCAGCCCCAUGGACCAGAGACGGGAAGGAGAGGAUAAAGAAGCUGGGGCUUACUAUGCAGUAUCCAGAAGGCUACUUGGAGGCUCAGGCUGCCAAGGAGAAGGAAAAAGAAAACAAAAAGGAAGACUAUGACGAGGAGGAGGAGGGUGAGGUGGAGACUCCCAGCAAAGGCAAAAGGAAGAGAAAAUCUCAAAUAGAUAAGGAGACUUCUUCCCCAGUUAAAAGCACACCCAAAAAGAUGAAAGUGGAGGCAUAUAAACUGACAAAGGAGCAGAAAGGGCUUAUUAAGGAGGAUGAGCUCAACAAGAAAGUUUGGGAUGAGGCUCUGACCUCACUCAAAGAAGGACCGAAAUUCCUGAAUAAAGUGGAAGAGGUAUUCCUUUGUAUCUGUUGCCAGGAAGUGGUUUUUCAACCAGUCACAACAGAGUGCCAGCAUAAUGUCUGCAGGGAAUGUUUACAGCGCUCGUUCAAGGCCGACGUCUACACAUGUCCUGCUUGCAGACAUGAUCUGGGCAAGAACUACAGCAUGACUGUCAACAAACCACUGCAAAGCCUUUUGAGCCAGUUCUUUCCAGGAUACAGCAGUGGCCGGUGACAACUUCUCCACUGUCAUAGACAUGACAAAAAAGGGGGGGUGGGGGGUGAGAUUUUAUGAACUGAAAUAACGAUUGGAAUUUUCUAACUAAAACUACACACCUUCAGUACCUUCAUGUUGGUGUGUGUCUCAUAUAUAUAGUUGUAAGAUGCAAGAUUCUUUCUCUCUCUUUCCUUCCCCCUCUCCCCCACAAGUUUUGUUUCCUUUAUUCAGAAUGUAAAUAUGUUGGUUUAAUUUUGUGGACAGUGGUUACACAUGUUAGUGUUACUUUUAAUUGCAAACUUGCUUAAUAAAUGUGUCUGAGAAGUAGUUAUUAUGCUUGCAAAUGGCCAUAACCUAGCUUUCUAUGUGAAAGGGUGCACAGCAGAGGUGAAAAGUCAUAGCAGCGGGGUUAGUGUGCAGGAACAAAAAAUACAAAACGCACAAUGACAACCUUGUUGCCCAGUCACUGCAACACAAUUUGUACGUUAGUUUUUAUAGGAACUCGAUAGCAGCCAGGUUGCAGUGACUUUUAAAAGUAAAGUUUUGGAAUGCUACCUCAAGCAGCCCUUAUCUGUUCUCUGGGCAAACUUUAGAAUGGAAGUCUAUUCUAGCUUGUUUUUUAUGUAGAAAAAAAUAACAAAGCCUUUUGAAGCCCUGAAGUGCCUUUUUAUAAGAGAUUUGCCCCCCAUUCUAGUACUGAAUUGUUCAUUUAAACCUGCUUUUAUGAGAAGAGGGUGUUUAUAGCUCUGCUAGUUACUUGCAUCAUUUUGGUUUUGCAGUGACUCCUCAUUUACAUGAGUUUUUUGCCCCUUGAUGUCUUGUAUGCAUUGCAUCUUGCAUGCAAUGCAUUUUUUAAUUAUUUAAUGUAAUAGUCAUGGUGCAACCAUCAGAGCCAGUAUAAAAAUGUACUUUUGUGCUGAAAUGUACAUUUUGCUAAAUAAUGAGGAACUUUAGGUUGUGCUCAGUUUCUUUUCUUCUGUAAGUCGGUAACAAGGGUUGCAAUUGUAUACCUCGGCUCAUUCAUACAACAUACUGGACAGUGUAUAAGUGUAGUGCUUGUGUUGGCAAACCAUAGACUAAUUGUAGUUUAAGUUUUUUUUUUUUUUUUUUUUGUCUUGUUUGCCAGUUCCUACUAUCCAUGUGCAAGGUUCUGCAUUAUGAAAUGCUUCUGUUUCAUUUGGACAUUCACUUACAGCAACAUCUGUAUUUGACUUCAUGUGUAUGAUUUUAUUUUUUA